AUGAAUGUUAUUAAUGAAGAAAAACAACAAAUAUUAAAUGAUAAUCAACGUGAAAAAUUUCUUGUUGAACGUAUUAUUACUCAUCGUUUUCGAAAUGAUAAAAAAGAAUAUUUAAUUGCGUGGCAAGGUUAUCCUGAAGAACAAAAUACUUGGGAAUCUCAGCAAAAUUUCGAUUGUCCUAAUUUAACAGAAGAAUAUGAAAAACGUUUAUUAUCAAAAUUUCGAUCUAUGAUUAAUGAUUCAUCAUCUUCAUCGUUCAAACCAAUUGCUAAUAAUAAAUUUCCUCUAUUUGAUGUACAUCAUGAAAUUAAUCAUAAUGAUCAACCUUCAUUAUUAAGUUUGCUUCGUCAACAUGUUGUUAUUUUUUCUGGUGAUUCAGAUGAAAAUGCUCGACAAUGGUUUCGGCAAAUUGAUACAAAAUUUACUGAACUUAAUGUAUCUUUAGAUGAUCGACUUGAUAUCAUUGAAUAUUUUCUUGCAUGUGAUGCACUUAUUUGGUAUAGUACAAAUCAAGAUAAAUUAAAAUGCUAUACUGAUUUUUGUCGAUUGUUCGCAUUUGAAUAUAUUAAACUUGAACAAGUCUCAACUCGUGAUAUUAUUAUAGAACAAAAAAAUAAAUGCUCAUCAUUAAAUUCACCCUGCAUUAUUAAUCCUACUUUUAUUGAUGCUUCUCCAUAUUGUUUAAUUGCUCCAUCAGCUCCAGCUGUUUACCAUAAUAAAUCAUUACAAGAUUUAAAUUCUAACUGCGUUUUUAAUUCUGCUUUAUCAACUGCAAUAUCUAAAGCAUUAAUUGAUAAAUUCAUCAAAGAUCCAAUUAAAUUUCAUGGUGCUAAAGAUAAUGUUCUUGAAUGGAUUGAUGAACUGGAACAACAAUUUAAAACCAUCCAAUUAUGUGAUUCAGAUAAAUUAAAUUUGAUUCCCAUUUAUCUUAAAUGUGAAGCUUAUCAAUGGUUUCAACAACAUCAAACACAAUUACCAUCAUGA